AUUGUUUUACAAUACCGAGUUUUAGAUUUUUACUUAUUAAAUAACCAUAACGUCUAUUUGAAAACUAAUUAUUAGAUUUCCUGUAUUGAAUAUUAGUAAUUCCAUACAAUUUAGGUUAGAAGAGUUAGAAGAUGAAGUUAUUUGUCCCUAAAACAAAGUGGAUGUGAACUACAGCUAACCAUGUAUUCUGAUGACACUGUGUAUGUUGGCUUAUUGGUCUUAUCAUUUUUAUUUAGCUUUUUAUUUAGAAAAGUUAAACACAAAAAUGUUAAACAAUGGAUAUCAACUAUUUAUGGAGCAAUAAUUGUACUAACAGUUUCCGGUUUACAUAUUGUCCAUCCAAUAAUUUGCACACUAGUCAAUUCAAUUUUAAUAAAAAUUGAUAAAAGGCAUUGUCAUGUAUUAAGUUUCUUAUUUACAUUUGGAUAUUUGAUAUUCUUUCGAAUGACAACAUAUUUUGGAAUACCAUACCCACCAGCUCAUACUAAUUUGAUACAAAUGAUGCUUACUCUAAAGCUUGUUGGUCUUUCAUUUGAAGUCCAUGACAGUUAUUUAAUUAAAUUGAAACAAAAGGAUACAAAAUGUGAUGCUGAAAAAAAAUUUAAAAUGAUUUGUCAACCUAGUAUUAUAGAAGUCUUUCAUUAUGCAUUUUGUUAUGUAGGCAUUUUAACAGGACCAUAUUUUAAGUACCGUACUUAUUGGGAUUUAUUUAAUAAUAAUUAUUGGAGAAAAGCUACGUACAUUAAUUUAUUGGUUAAAAAAAUACGUAUAAUCCCAACUUUAAUUAUUUGUUAUUUGGCAACUUCUUGGUUAUUUCCAUUAAGUGAAUUCAACAAUGAUUCUUUUUAUACAUCAACAUCAUUGUCAUACAGAUUGUGGUAUAUGUACUCUUCGUUUUUUAUUUUUCGCACAAGAUUAUAUUUGGGCUUUAUUUUUUCUGAGCUUAUUUGUAUAGCUUCUGGAAUGGGCGCUUAUCCUGAAAUGACAGAUCCACAGUCUGGAAGUGGUCCAACUAAAAAUUUUGAAACAUUAGAAACAGAAUAUUCUGGAAAAAGAGAGACUUACAAUUUUGAUUGUAUUGAAAGUAUUGAUAUCAUGAAAGUAGAAACUAUCUCUACAGUUCGCGGAGCUACAAGAAUUUGGAAUAUGACAGUACAGUACUGGAUUGCUGAGUAUGUGUAUAGAAGAAUUUCUAUUAAAAAACUUAGAACGUUGGUAGCAUUUGGUAUUUCUGCAUUCUGGCAUGGAAUAUACCCAGGCUAUUAUGUUAGUUUAUGUUCAGUGCCUUUUUAUUUGGCAGUGGAAGAUAUUUAUGAUAGACAAUACCGUAACUAUGCUGACUCUGCAGGCAAACGCAUAUUGUGGACAUUCUUCUUGUACACUAUGAAAAUGUAUCAGUUUUCAUUUUGGGGAUGUACAUUUCAACUUUUACAUAUCGACCUCAUAUUCAGAUACUGUCAAUCUAUAUAUUUUCUCCCUUAUAUUGUUUUGAUAACUAUGUAUGCUAUCUCUCGAUUCAACAAUUUGCGAAAUAGUUGACCAAAUAAAACUAUUUGGCCUAUUGCAGUCAACAUCAGAGAAUUUCUUUAAGAGACUAGGAGCCUAUUUAUGUUAUGUUUUGUUUUGUUUUGGUGAAGUAUACCAUAAUUUUAAAAUUAAUGUAUAAGUUGUAUAUUUUUCUUAUAUCUAAUUGGCCUUCUACACCAAUAGGUCUAUAUGAAAAGAAAAUAUUGCCUUUUCACCACUAUAUGAAAGACAUUUGUAAUAACAUUUUAUACGAUCUAUAAGAACAUUUUUAA